CACUACACAGGCAUCCAGUCCACUCUUACCUACACUUCAAACUGCGCCAUUUUGGGACUCUGCUGCUUCGAAGCCACUCAGUCGGUGGGCAACUUUGGCGCCUCGCACUCGGCAGCCGCGUGGAUCGUGCGCGAGGGGCCCCAGAAGGCGCGAGCUGCGGGGUGAAGCGCGGGCGCGCGCGCGCCCACACACACACACGCACGCACACAAUGGACGUCCCGCAGCUCACCGAGGAUGAAAUGGCCGAGAUAAAGAAGGAAGUGUUGGAACGACUGCGACCAUACCUCUGUGACAAAAUCACAGCAGACCGCCACUUCGACUACUUACGCUCAAAGAAGAUUCUCACUCGAGAGGACACAGAGGACAUCAGCAGUAAAGUCACCACCCGACAGCGUGCCGGAAAGCUGUUGGACUACCUCGCGGAGAACCCCAAGGGCCUAGACGUUUUCAUCGAGUCUAUUCAGUACAGCAAGUGUUCUGACUUCAUCAUCACCAAAAUCACAGACGAGGUGCAGAAGCUGAAAAACGAGAGAAUUGAAGCAUUAAAAGCUGGGGCAUCCUGCAGCGGAUGCUCUUUAAUGAAAUGCACUGGAGCCACGAAUGACCUCUCUAGGACAUUCUCCAAUGAGUCCAACUACGACAAGAGUUGCAGUUCUACUAUCCUGUACCACCCUGAAGGGGAGUGGAGUCCGUCUUCGUCCACUACGAUGGGUUCUCUAAAUGUGCCUCAUGGCCAGGGCCAGGACAGGGAGUUUCCAGGAAACUGCAGUGUAACCGUCUCCUCGGCAUCGGUCCUGCCCAGGCCCGGUGAUCCUGGGGCACCUCCUCUGCCAGAGGAGCUGCAGGCCGAGUCUGAGGGUGCCUGCGGGAGUGAAGGGAGCACCGACUCAAACUUCCAACCACUCCGCUCGCGCUCCAUUUCACCAGCAUGCCAGAACUUACCCUCACUGGGCUCGCGGUGAGGCUGCAGCAGAUCAUGGGUCCUCAGAGACCUACUGGAGAUUUGGAUCACUGCAGUACGUUUGAUAUUCGCUAGCUGUACUGGUUUGUUACCGGUUUUGUCGUCAGAGCUAAUCUGUCUUGCAUCACAAGUGGUGCCACAGUUUGGAUUUCACUGGGCCUGUGAAAAAGACUAAUUUUAAAGAUUGUACAUAAGGUAGGCAUUUACUGUAUGGCAUUUUACUAUGGCACUGAGUGUAAUAUUUCGUAUCUCAAAGUUCUUUGAUUAAGGGUUAUUUGUGCAAAGUGGUUUUUUAAUUUUUUUUGCUAUUAUUUUUGAGGGCCUGAUUUUUGUUUCA